AUGGGUUUCUGGACUCUAAUGGAAGGAUUGCUGCUGUUUGCAAACGCGCUUGCUAUCCUCAACGAAGACCGGUUUCUAGCUCCCAAAGGAUGGACACUCGCGGAACUUCACCAAACAGGCAAAAGAAACUCUCUCAAAGGCCAAAUCAUCGGUCUCAUCCACGCCUGCCAAUACAUGAGGCUUCCUCUUAUGCUCUUUAACUUAGUAGUCAUCAUCUUUAAGUUUCUCUCCGGUUAA